GAUAUUUGUAGCUGUUUCUUUGAUGCCGCUUUGUAUAAAUUCGACUUUGUAGCAGACCAGCUCUACAUUCUCGCAAUGGCAUGCACAAGAGAGCACACUACAGACGGGGAGAGAGCAACUUCAUGCACGUUUAAAAUAGUAAUGAUUCUUCUGGCCUGGAACCUAAUUCCCACUGCCUUGGUAAUCACAGCCUUUGUGGAGCUACGAAGCAAUUUAAAAGGGGAACUAGAACGCGGUAUCAAAGUGAAUGAGUCACGGCCUGCACUGGUGCACUUAACCGGGCAUCACAGCGACCGGGGAAAAUUGAAUGAUGAAGUGCUGGAUAUUUGGAAAACGGCAAGUUCUAAAAUGACUUCGCUUGGUGCCAACCUGAGUUCAAUCAUAAUAAAGGAAAGCGGCAACUACUUUGUCUAUGCUCAGCUAUACUUUCAAGUUCCAUUCAACUCAAAGCUGGACAAGUUCGACCAGAGCUACUUGGCAUUUUUCGUUUGUCGAAUAUCCAAAGCCACAACGAGUAUCUUGAUGCGAGCCGUGGCAUCAAACGGCUUCCAAGGGAAGAAGAAUGGUCUGUAUACCUCAUAUUCCGGUAGUGUUCACCAACUUAAAGAGGGAGAUGUACUGUUUGUUAGUGUAGUUAAAAAACAACGCGUCGUGGUAAACGCAAACGAAAGCAGCUCCUUUUUUGGAGCUUUUAAACUUUAAUUUUAUAUUUAUUUUAGUAUUGACAUAUCACAAAUCUUUUAGAAGCAAGGCAACAACAUCCUAGUCCAGAAUGAAUGCAAUCGACAGCGUAUUGCAAUAUUGA